AUGCGUGUGGCGGCGAGUGCGAUCGCGCUGUUGAGUCUGGGUGUCCAAGCCGUCGUGGCGCAGAAUUUCACUGUGCCGUCGACUUGGAGGCGGCCGGAGUCUAGUGCCUCAGGCACCGUGCGCAUACAGCUCGCUCAGGAAGCUAUAGCGCCUUUGAUACCGACGAUCCAGUCAUCCAAUGGGACUAACUACCAGUUGAAUACAUGGGAGUCAGCCAAUCUGCUAGCUGUUAUCGCGAACAACGACUAUGUGUCCUAUACGUCGACAAACGGACAGCUCGUAGUGGACAGUCUCGUCGCAUUCAGCUCCUCUCAUCCAUCCUUCUAUGAUACCCAAGUCCCGCGAAAUGUUGUCAGUGACUCUCUGAUGUGGGGACUGGCAUCAUUCUACGCCUCUCGCGCAUAUGGGAGCGCCCAAGCGCUCAGCUUUGCCCGCUUCAUCUGGAGCGAGGCGUUUCAGUACUUUGUGAACCCGGACGAUGCAGCUCGAGGGUCCAUGACCAGUAAGAGCGGGACGUUCUCGCAGACGUGUGCUGGCCAUAGUACUGCUGGUGCGGUAUUCUGGCAAGCGAGCACUCCGGCCGACUACCAAGUGAAUGGCGAGACGAUCGGAGCCUUCGUAGCACUCUCAGCCUACCUCUGCGAAGCAACCUCCAACAUAACCUACUGCGACUCCGCCUCACUAUCCGCCCAAUUUAUGCAAGCCCUGAUGUACAACGGCGAGUACAUCAUCGAUACGAUCUUCCUGGACACUUGCGAGACGAGUGCCGCCGCGUGGUCGUACAACACCGGGUUCUUGCUUGAGGGUUUGGCGGUGCUGAUAUCGACUCCGGUGGCAGGUGGCCCUGCGAAAGAGCAGUUCGGGUCUUUUUUGCAGCAGCUUGUGGCAUCGUCUGUUGUGUAUCCUGCUUGGACACAGUCGACGGGGGAUAAUGCUGGAGUCAUGAUCGAAAAUGAUAGUACCCCCGCAUUUACGAACGAAGUCAAGGGAGUGUAUAAGACGAUCUUCAUCCGCGGAUUGCGCGAAGUCUGGCAACGCUCAGGCCAUUUCGCGGAUAUCGAAUUCGCGAACUUCGUCGGAGCGUUUCUGAUCGUACAGUACAAUGCUCUAACCCAACUCGCGAGUGACGCAUCGACGACGCCCACCUACUAUUCUCCGAUCUGGGUUGGUCCUCCGGUCGGCACCUUGCUCCCUUGGGGUCAAGUUCCAGCGGCCGAGAUGCUGAACGCGGUCGUCAUCGCAAACGCAUCAUCCACAUCACCAGCAUCUUCACAAGCGUCAGCAAGCCUCCAAACCUCCCUCGCCUCGUUCACAUCGACCGCCACAGCGCCCAACUCAUCAUCCACCACCACCCCCUCAAUAUCCCAAUCCGCGUCCCGCGGCUCUUCCGGCCCGAAGAUCACCGUAGCAGAGAUCGUCCUCUCCGUCCUAGGAGGCCUAGCCGUCCUUGGCAUACUCAUUGCCUUCUUCUAUACCCUAUACAGACGAGGAUGGAGCGGCGUGAAGCAGAUGUUUAAGAACGGGUGGUCCAAUCGCGGGACGGCCGUUGCAGGGAGCACGGCGCUUGCGAGCGAUACGGGCGUCAAUAAUAUUGAUGCCGAGAAUAUGCGGCAGGCGCCGGUGUUCGUCGAUUCAGCUGCUUCGCCUGUCUCUUCUGCUCCACGGUCACCAUCGGUACGGACUCCUCCGGCGACAUCAAGCACAACACGAAUGCCGGAGUUCGUGCAAGGGUCUAGUAGGACGGUUGAGCCCGAGAUGGGAGAGGCUGAUGCGCAUGGGAUAUCGAUCGUUUCACGUCAGCGCUUGGAGUGGAGAGGUGACUAG